CGAGAUGAACGGAGACCUUGGCGCUCAAUUGCUGGCGGCGGCGCGCUUCGGCGACGCGGAUGACCUGCAAAAGCUGUGCGCGAAUGCAUCUGUCGAAACGAUCAACUUCAUGGACGAGCACUCUGGCAACUCAGCACUGCACAUGGCAUGUGCGAAUGGCCACAUCGCUUGUGUUCAUGUCUUGCUGAACCAUGGUGCCAAGCACAUGCCUAACGCCAGCGGCAAUUCUCCACUUCACUGGGCAGUGCAAAACAAGCACUUGGAAGUUGUGAAGCUCCUGUUGUCCCACUUUGGCGACAGCAUCGACGUGCUCGCUCGCAAUGCAUUUGGCCGUGGAUGCGUCACGGAAGCCUUUCAGGCUGAAAACACCGACAUUGUGGCGGCGUUGCUCGAACACUCGUCGGCGUCCGACGAGAAACUCGCGGCUGGUUCAGGACUCGCCUCGGGGAAUUCCAAGAUCACGAUUGAAGACGAAGAUCAAGACGACACAAAGGACGCUUCGUACAAGAAAGAGCCCUGCAUCAUCCAAGAAACCGUGCUAGAAUUCGACUUCGGCAUUCAACCGACGCUCCGCGCUCGUGAACUCGCCCUGGACAUGGACAAGUCUGCGUUUGAAUCGACGGCCGAAGAAGACAUUACAGGUGUGAGCGUAUGGUCAGCGUCGCUCAUCUUGAGUCGAUGGGUCCUCGCCGAUGCCGCAUUUUUCGCGGGCAAAGCGGUUUGCGAACUCGGCGCGGGGUGUGGGGUCUCGGGCAUCGCAACAUAUUUGUACACGGCUGCCGGCAGUGUUGUCCUGUCCGAUCUGUACCAGCACACGGUGGACAACUUGCAUCACAACGCCGCGUUGAACCGCGUGGAAGGGUCCAAGAACGAAGUAACAGGCUGCCACGAGUGCGGCACACUCCAGCGCUUCACGGCUGAGAACCCCGAAGGCAAGCUGCUUCUGUGCGGUCGAUGCCGCGUCGCUGCCUACUGCUCGCGAGACUGUCAAAAGGCUGCAUGGAAAGACCACAAAGGGCCGUGUAAGCAGUGGCAAAUCUCCCCUCCCUCGACCACCAAGAAGACACUUGAAGUUCAAGCUAUCGACUGGGCAAAGCCCAACACGUAUGGCCCCCGAGGAGCGUACGACGUUGUCAUGGGGAGCGAUUUGGUCUACCACAAGGCGAUCGCUCCCAUCUUGGCCCAAGUCGUCGAUGCGAUUUUGGCUCCUGGUGGACGGUUUCUCCACGUCGCGUCCACGCAGCGCGACUCCCUCGUCGAGUUCAACGAAGCCAUGGACGCGCGCGGGUUCAAGCUCCACGCCGAGGUCGUGCCCGACGCGUUCAAAGUGAACCCCCUCGUCGGCACGAAUGCCUCGCGUUUGUUCGACUUGCAUUUCAACGAAAUGGAAGACGCGUACUGCAUGUACACGUUUACAAAAGCAUAAAGACCAUUUGAUAGCCACGAAUUUGUUUUCAUCCUGGCGAUUCUCGGCAAUGAAAGAUGGCCCCGACAGGACAAUGCGUCCCCUUCGCACACUCUGCGUUCACGCUGAGGCACAGCUGCGCCAGUGAUGGCAUGCAACGUGCAGC